AUGAUCCUGACGAGCAGCGACAUCGGAACGGAGCCCCGUGAAGUCGAGGAAAACUUAACCGAGAACUUCAAAAGAGCAAUGAAUUGGGGCGCUGUACUCCUCAUCGACGAGGCCGAUGUAUUUAUGGAGCGUCGUUCCACGUCUGACUUAACCCGUAACAGCUUGGUUGCUGGGUCAUUUGAUGAUGCAUUCAUUUCUCGUAUUCACAUUCAACUGUACUACCCAGACUUCAGUGACGACGAGCGACAAAAAGUGUGGAAAACGUUCAUUGAUAAGCUUGCCCGAGAGAAGGGCGAAACAAUGCGCCUGACUAUGGACGCUAAGGAGUACAUUGAAUCAACGAGGAAGCAGGGUCUCAAGUGGAACGGCAGAGAAAUUCGAAAUGGUCAGUAG